AUGGAUCCUGUUUUUACACACAGGAGAAUGAAGGAAAUUGAAAGAGAAGUACAAGACUUACUGAUGGGAAUCAUUAACAAAAGGGAGAAGGCAUGCAAAGGCAGAAAUGACGACUUAUUAGGCAUACUAAUGGAAUCAAAUUCUAGAGAGAUUAAGGAAUUUGGUAAUAAGAAGAGUGUUGGAAUCAAACUUGACUUUGAUGGGUUAAAUCGCCUUAAAAUUGUAACCAUGAUAUUGAAUGAGGCUCUGAGGUUGUACCCACCAGCAGCUUCGCUACUUCGAAGAGUUCACAAGGAAACCAAGCUGGGAAAUAUGAUUAUACCAGCUGGAGUGGAGAUUACUCUACCAAAAAUCCUAGUCCACCAUGAUUAUGAACUGUAG